CACUCCCACUCCCCUGUGAUUUCUUUUCACGCCGAACCAUUAAAGAUGAACAGUCCAUAAACUCAGACAGAAUAGGAACAAUCCCACGCCGCCGCACCACACAGAGGAAAACAAUCCCACGUCUCCGAAAUUGGCACCUACCUCCGCCGCCAAACCCGCUCAAACAAGGACUUCACCGUCAAAUCGAUCCGGAAAGCUGCUAGUGCUUUGUCGCCUUUGGAACAGGCUUCUUCUGCUGAAGCUUCCAAGAAGUUGGAGCCCCUGAGAGAAGCUAUUGUGCAUAGGGGUAAGGAUGUCAGGCUUCUAAUGGCCAUCUAUGUCACUCAACUGUUUCAGGCUUCUAGGCCUCUUGUGCAUAGCUUCACCAUGUUUGAUUUCACUGUGUACUCGAUGGAAUUUUCUGAUGACAGUUACCAGCUACUUCCUGCAUUGUCUACUAGUUGGAACUUGGUUUGGCCGACGGGAUUUUGAACAUCGACCAAAAUAAUACACACUUCAGAAGGCCUCUGCGUAGUUCCAGAUUGGUUGUAAUUUUUCUAUUUCAUACACCCCAUUGAUGUCUCUCAGAAAGCCUCCGCUUCCCCGUCUCCUUCUCAACAAUGUCUCCUGCAUGAGGAAUGCCCAACAAAUCUUGAGACACGUAAAUGCCUCGGUCCACGAUGGUGGAGCACUUGUGCUGAUGGGCACUAAUGGCUCGGGCAAGACUACCUUCCUGCGUAUGUUAGCAGGAUUUUCUCGUCCUUCUGCUGGUCAGGUCCUGUGGAACGGGCACGACAUCACUGACUCAGGAGUUUUCCACCAGUACAAGCUUCAACUUAACUGGCUCUCCCUUAAAGAUGCGGUGAAAGAGAAGUUCACAGUUCUCGACAAUGUUCAGUGGUUUGAAGUUCUCGAAGGCAAGGAAGGGAAUUCACUGCCGGCUUUGGAGCUAAUGGGGCUCGGGAGACUGGCAAAGGAGAAAGCGAGAAUGCUGUCAAUGGGACAGCGGAAAAGGCUGCAGCUUGCGAGGCUGCUGGCAAUUGACAGGCCAAUUUGGUUGCUUGACGAGCCUUCGGUUGCACUGGACACUGAGGGGACAAGGCUGCUCGAGUAUAUCAUCGGAGAGCAUAGGAAGAAAGGCGGGAUAGUGAUUGUGGCAACACAUCUGCCAAUUGACAUUGAAGAUGCGACGUAUUUGAGGCUGCCUCCAAGGUUCCCGAGGAGGAUGACUCUAGUAGAUAUGCUUGAUCGUUCGGAUUUUUGAAUUUAUACCUAUUCUUUGUCAUUGCAAAGAAUGCAAGUAUGCAACUAUUUUUACAUGUUUCUUUUGUAACGCAUGCUGUGAAUGUUUGAUUUGCUUAACAACGUUUCCAAACGGUAUUUUAUAUGUCAUAAUACAAAUAAAGGAAAUGAUAAAUUUUUCGUACC